UGAUCCGUUUUGUAAAUGGGUGGUUACUGAUUGACCCACCCGAGGUUUUGGUAAAACCUCUCAUAUUGACUCAUCUUUGUCGUUGAGCUCUGCACUCAACACUGUGAAACAAUGGCAGCAACAACUCCUCUUCGUUUCUCUCUCCUCAGAAUCAAUCUUCAAAGGAGACUCUUAUCAUCUUCUUCAAUCAACACUAAUCAACACACUCAAAACCAAUUUUUGGAGAAAAAGUUUAAUCACCCAGUUCACAAUGAGGAAAUUAUAAACCAAUUAUGUAGAAAUGGAAGAUUCAAGGAAGCCAUUGAUAUACUAUGCGAGAAAAAGCUUCUUAAAGAAGCUGUUCAUUUGCUGGGUCACAUUCAUCGUCCUUCUGCUUCUAUUUACUCUUCUCUGUUACUUUCAUGUCUUCAACAAAGAGCUCUUCAAGAGGGAAGAAGGGUUCAUGGUCAUAUCAAUGCUUCGGAUUUUAUUCCUGGGAUUUUUAUAUCGAAUCGUUUGAUGGAUAUGUAUGUUAAAUGUGGGAGUUUGAGGGAUGCCCAGAAGGUGUUUGAUGAAAUGUCUGAGAGAGACUUAUGUUCUUGGAAUACUAUGAUUAAAGGGUAUGCGAAAAUAGGGAAGGUCGAAAACGCACGUAAGUUGUUCGAUGAAAUGCCGAAGAGAGAUGGGUUUUCUUGGACUGCUAUGAUAUCGUGUUAUGUUCAACAUGGGAGGCCAAAGGAGGCAUUGAAUUUGUACAGGGAAAUGCAGAGUAUUGGGAAUUUUGAUUCUAACAAAUUUACUAUGUCAAGUGUGAUUGCUGCUUCUGCUGCUGUACCGAGUUUACUUUCUGGGAAAGAGAUUCAUGGGCGUAUAGUGAGGUUGGGUUUGGAAUCUGAUUCUGCAGUUUGGAGUGCACUGUCUGAUAUGUAUGCUAAAUGUGGCUGUGUUGAAGGAGCUAGGCGUAUAUUUGAUAAAACUGUGGACCGAGAUGUUGUUUCUUGGACAGCAAUGAUUGAUGGAUAUUUUGAGGAUGGGAAGUGGAGAGACGGGUUCACAUUGUUGGCAGAAAUGUUGAGGUCUCGAAUCAGACCAAAUGAGUUUACAUUUGCAGGGGUUUUGAACGCGUGUGCAGAUCAAGCAUUGGAGAAUGUAGGGAAGCAGGUCCAUGGGAAUAUGAUCAGGAUUGGUGUUAAUCCAGAUUCAUUUGCUGCAAGUGCACUUGUUCAUAUGUAUUCCAAGUGUGGGAAUGUCAGGAGUGCAAGAAAGGCUUUUGAAGGACUGUGUACGCCUGAUUUAGUAUCAUGGACUUCACUUAUUGUUGGAUUUGCACAGAAUGGUCAUACAGAGGAAUCUUUGGAGCUCUUUGAGUUGAUGCUCAGAUCAGAUACUCAGCCUGAUCAUGUCACUUUUGUUGGAGUUCUUUCUGCCUGUACUCAUGCAGGAUUAGUCGAGAAGGGAAUUGAAUAUUUCCACUCAAUCAAGGAUCGCCAUGGACUAACACCAAUUGUAGAACACUAUUCUUGCCUCAUUGAUCUACUGAGCCGAGCUGGCCGUUUCAAGGAAGCUGAAGAAUACAUUAGUAAAAUGCCUAUGAAGCCUGACAAAUUUUUGUGGGCUUCUCUUCUUGGUGGCUGUCGAAUUCAUAAAAACGUGGAACUAGCAGAACAAGCAGCAAAAGCGUUGUUUGAGAUAGAGCCUGAAAAUGCUGCUACUUAUGCAACUUUGGCCAACAUAUAUGCCACUGCAGGUCGAUGGGAGGAGGUGGAAAAAGUCAGAAAAAUGAUGGAUAAUAGAGGGGUGGUUAAGAAGCCAGGCUUGAGUUGGAUUGAGGUCCAUAGAGAGGUCCACAGAUUUCUUGUGGGUGAUAUUUCUCAUCCCAAUUACAAUCAAAUCCAUGCAUUCUUGACAGAGGUCUCAAAAAAGAUGAAGCAAGAAGGCUAUGUGCCAGACACUGACUUUGUCCUGCAUGAUGUAGAAGAAGAGCAAAAGGAGCAGAAUUUAUCCUACCACAGUGAGAAGCUUGCAGUUGCUUUCGGAAUCAUCUCUACUCCACCUGGGACACCAAUCAAGGUGUAUAAAAAUUUAAGGACCUGUGUAGACUGUCAUACUGCAAUCAAAUUUAUUUCUAGGAUUACCAAAAGAAAAAUAAUUGUGAGGGAUUCAAACAGGUUUCACUUUUUUGAGGACGGAAGCUGCUCUUGUAGUGACUAUUGGUGAAAUAUAUUGUUAAGUGAAUUCUUGGAUUUUUCUCAUCCCAGGCCACAAGUCCUGAUUCAUUAGUCUGGGUUAUCUACGCUUCAGUUGCGGUUUAAGAAUUUUCAGCUGCUACUUUUCUCUGUACUGUGCCUCUUGUCAAAGAAUGGUAGCUACCCUUGGUAUAUCUUACCAGUGCCAAUCACUAGAAUUGGACAAAAAAAAAAAAAAAAAAAAAAAUCUGGUCUUUUAAUGACCUUAUUAUACACAAUAUGAUCUGUGCAGAAAUGUCAUCUAUACCAUUCUGGAGCUGAUACAUUCUGGAAUCCUCAUGAUCAUCAGUAGUGUAUUAUCAGUUCUCAGAGCGUGUAUUAACUUCGGUACUUUCAGAGACUUGCAUUGACAGUGUCUCAGUCACAGAAGGAAAUUGCAAUGACAGA